AUUGGCUGAAACAUCUGACUGUCGGACCGACGUUUCACAAGAGGGAAUUUUUCAAAUCGAGAAGAGGCGCACUCUGUGAGAGAGUUUAACAAUAACCACAAUGCAGAGACCAGGCAAAUUCAGGACUCCCCGGAGGCCUGGCCCAAAGAAGGCAUCCAACAUAGAAAAAGAUCCUGUUGGAGUAUACUGCCGUAUACGACCACUUGGAGCAGAAGAUGAGGAAUGUUGUAUUGAGAUGAUCAGCAGCUCCACUAUUCAGCUGCAUGCUCCUGAUGGUCUUAAAGCCAACCGCAAUGGGGAAUACAAAGAGACACAGUACUCGUUUAAAAAAGUGUUUGGUAUCAAUACCACUCAAAUGGAGCUGUUUGAGGAUGUUGCCAAGCCACUGAUCGAGGACCUCAUUCACUGUAAGAAUGGUCUGCUGUUUACGUAUGGUGUUACUGGAAGUGGUAAGACCUUCACCAUGACCGGCUCACCAGGGGAAGGUGGACUCCUCCCCCGUUCUUUAGACAUGCUCUUCAACAGCAUCGGUCCCUUUCAGGCCAAAAGAUUUGUGUUCAGACCGGACGAAAAAAAUGGGAUGGAGAUUCAGAGUCAAGUUGAUGCUCUCCUGGAGAGACAGAAGCGAGACAGUCAGCAGUCAGUGCCCAAAACACCAUCUUCCAGGCAUAAGGUUGACCCAGAGUUUGCAGAUAUGAUCAGCUCAGAGGAGGCAUGUAAAUCUGAGAAUGUGGAUGAAGACUGCUGUUACAGCGUUUUUGUGUCCUACAUCGAGAUCUACAACAACUAUAUCUAUGAUCUCCUCGAAGAUGCCCCGUUAGACCCAAUCAGACCAAAGUGGCUCGGCGGAGGCACGCCUGUACGGAACAAUGAGGGCAUACCGCCACAAUCCAAGAUUCUCCGUGAAGAUCAGAAUCAUAACAUGUAUGUGGCUGGCUGCACAGAAGUUGAGGUAAAAUCUACAGAAGAGGCUUUUGAAGUCUUUUGGAAGGGACAAAAGAAAAGGAGGAUAGCCAACACUCAGCUCAACCGUGAAUCCAGUCGCUCCCACAGUGUGUUCACGGUAAAGCUGGCUCAGGCACCACUUGAUGCUGAUGGGGACCACAUUCUACAGGACAAAAACCAGGUGAAUGUGAGCCAGCUGUGUCUGGUUGACCUGGCAGGCAGUGAGCGCACCAACAGAACCAGAGCAGAGGGAAGUCGUCUCCGAGAAGCAGGUAAUAUUAACCAGUCAUUGAUGACACUGCGGACAUGUAUGGAAGUCCUGCGAGAGAACCAAAUGUGUGGAACUAAUAAGAUGGUGCCAUACAGGGACUCUAAAGUCACACAUCUCUUUAAAAACUACUUUGAUGGAGAAGGAAAAGUCAGGAUGAUUGUGUGUGUCAACCCAAAGGCUGAUGAUUAUGAAGAAACUAUGCUGGUGAUGCGCUUUGCAGAGAUGACCCAGGAGGUGGAGGUGGCGCGACCGGUUGACCGACCAAUCUGCGGACUUGCUGCAGGACGCAGACACAGAAACCAGGCUUUCAGAGAUGAGUUGUCACGUCGCCUGGAGGAGCGAGGAGGUCCCAGUAAUGCCGUAGAUGACCCUCUUCUAGUGAAUCAGCUAAUAGAAAGCCUUCCAGCCCUGCCUCCUUGUGAGCUGGUGGACCCAGCUGAUGAUCAGACACUGCCCCGUCUGAUUGAAGUCCUGGAAAGGAGGCAUCGUAUCCGUCAGAUGAUGACAGAGCAGUUCAACAAAACUGCCAAUACACUGAAUUCCAUGCUUCAGCAGUUUGACAGUCAGCUCAAUGCGAAGGAGACCUUCCUGCAUGAUCAACAAAGCAAACUGAGCGAGAAAGACAAGGUUAUCGUCAACCAGAGGACAGAGAUGGAACGAUUAGAGAAAAAAUCCAAAACGCUGGAAUACAAGAUUGAUAUCCUGCAAAAGACAACAGACAUGUAUGAGCAGGAUAAACGCUCACUUCAGCAGGAGCUGGAGACCCGGGAGCAAAGGCUUCAGAGAGAGCUGUCAGAGAGGAGGCGCAUGGAGCAUCGUAUGCAAGGCAUGGUGACAGACACCAGACUCAAGUGGGAGAAGGAGUGUGAGAGACGAGUGAACGCCAAGCAGCUGGAGAUGCAGAACAAGUUGUGGGUGAAGGAUGAAAAGUUGAAGCAGCUCAAAGCCAUAGUGACAGAGAGCAGCAGUGGCGGCGGCAGUGGUGGCUGUACAACUGAGCGUCCAGAGAAGCCUGAGAGGCCCGCAAGGGAGAGAGACCACAACAUCACCCAGAAGAGAUCUGCCUCACCAUCACGUCCUGACUUGAGCCAAACCCCUUCCCACCAAAACCGAGCCAAUGUUAGGGCAGCUCAGGACUGUUACCCCCCCCCUUCUUCCACCACCCCCGAUACCUCCUCCUCAGCUUGUCGUUCAGUGGCCUCCUGCGUCUCCGAGUGGGAGCAGAGGUUCCCUAUAGACUCAAGCAGCCAGGCUAGGCACCCCGGGACUCCCCAGUACAGGAGCCGGACACCCGCCCCAUGUCACGGCACCAGCAGUGUGGGUCGCAGGAGAUGCCAGCGCUGGGCCCCAGACACUGUGGCCCCUGUCUAUGGGCUAGACCUAGAGGCAGGCACAAGGACGGCCCCUCCAGUUCAUCCAAUGCACAGGCGCUCACACUCUGCGGGUGGGGAGAAAUGGGUAGACCACAAACCACCUUCUAAUUUGGACCUAGACACUUUCAUGCAGCCAAUCAUACCCAAUGCAAUCAAAGUGUCGACCCCUAACGAGAAAGCUCUGUCUAAAUGCCAAAGGUAUGUGCUUAGACAUCAAGAGCUUGCCUCUGACGGGGAGAUCGAGACCAAACUGAUCAAGGGUAAUGUUUUUAAGACCAGAGGUGGAGGACAAGCUGUGCAGUUUACUGAUGUUGAGACACUAAAACAAGAGUGCCCAACAGCACCUAGUCGCAAGAGGCGAUCGGGGUCUGGAGAAGGACCAGCUCAAAUAGAAGACAUCGAAAACAGAGCUCCAGUGGCAAGUUCAAGCCAUGGCUAUCAAAAACGCAGGAAGCCUUAAGUUGCUGUACAUAAGAAGGAACCUUUUUUUAAAUUAUUAUUCUUGAAAACAUGCAAGAUAUGUUGCAUUACUGUUGGAACAUUGAAGGGACCGCAAUGUAAAACUAUGCAUUUUUUUUUUUUUUUGAGAGUCUGAGCUUUUUUCAAUUGUAUCUGAUCUUAUUACAAACUGUUAGCGUGCACUUAUGAUUUAAUCAUAGCCAAGACAUUGUUUAAACAGUGCAGAACAUUUCAGUUGUAAUUUGCUAGAUAUCUGCUUUUUCCUUUUUGGAAUGCUACAAUUAUUACUACAUAAAGACAUGGAAGUAUCAAAUAGCCCAAUAUGAAUAUUUUGUGAUAAAUUUAAGGGUUUUUUUUAAUUAUUUAAUCUUUUCACUGCCUUUUACUGCUGCCCAAAGAUUAGAAUAUAUGAGCUUCAUAACCAUUGAAAAUGUGUUUGUUUGUUUUUUUUGUUUUACUUUAUUGUGUCACUGCUUGCUUUUGGUUAAAAGGGCGAUUCAUUAGAUAACACAAAUGGCUGAUUAUAAAAAACAGAGUACAGAACACAGAUGUUUUUAGAAUUUCAAUGCGUAGAGCUUCAGCAGUAAACGUAGAGCUGUUAAGUAGGUUUUGCUGAAAUCAAUCUCUGACCACCUAUUAAAUAAGUAUUAAUAACAUUUUACUUCUGUAUAUUGAAACAACUCCUAAGAUGUGUAGGGCACUGCUCUUUUUGGUGGCAUUAAAUUUAUUCGAACACCAAGUCUCGUAAUAAUGAUUUCCUAAUGCAUGAAGACAGAAGAGUUUCCAUCUUAAAGCCUGGGACAUAUCCAAAAGACAUCAUUUGUUUUCUCUUACCAAGCUCUGAGGGUUUGUUUCAGUUAAUCUUUGAUUUUUAAGCAGCUGUCAAUUAAGCAUUGGUAUUGGAAGGUUCUCCACAUAUUUGCUCAGGGUAGAA